AUGUCACAACCAAAACCAACUCAAAAUUCAAAUACAACAUCUCCCUUAAAACAACUCCAAUCCUUUUUAGCACAAAAGAUAGAAAAACCAUUAGUAUGGAUAGAUUGUGAAAUGACAGGAUUAGACGUAUUUGGAUCAGAUAAUAUUAUUGAAAUAUGUUGUUACAUUACAAAUGAAAAUUUAGAAAUUAUUGGAGGUGAAACAAAUUUUUUUGAAAGUACUAUUUAUUACCCAAGGGAAAAAUUGGAUAAAAUGAAUGAAUGGUGUAUAAAGACUCAUGGAGAAAGUGGAUUAACUAAAAAAAUCCUUGAAAAUCCACAAUUAACAUUGGAUAAAGUUGAACAAAGCUUACUCAGUUUUUUACAAAAACAUAUCCAACCUAAAACAGCUAUAAUGGCAGGUAAUACAAUUCAUAUGGAUAAAUUUUUUAUGAUGAAAGAUUUUCCACAAGUAAUAGAAUAUUUGAAUUAUCGAGUAUUAGAUGUUUCUUCAAUAAUGGAAUUUGGUAAUAGACAAUAUCCUCAAUUAUUAGAUUAUCAACCACAAAAGAAACAUUUACAUACUGCUAAAUCUGAUAUUUUAGAAAGUAUUAAUCAAUUAAAAUGGUUUAGAGAUCAUUAUUUUAAAAAUGAAGAUGAAAUUAAAUUGGAAUUAGACAAAUUGAAAUGA